UUCAACUUUCCAUGGCCUUUUCCAUAUACAGAAACAACCUUCUUCUAUUUCUAUCUUCAAUAUUUAUUACCUCGGGAGUCUACCUAGCUAUAUCUUUCUUUUUUCACCCUCCACAAAAAUCUCUUUUUCUUUCUCUCAAUUAUUUUUUUUCCUCUUCUUCUUUACGUUUUUUGGGGUAUCGACAGUGCUGUAAUAUAUAAACCUAGGUAAGUGGCUAAUAUAGGAGAUCCAUCAAAUUGAUUAAUCGAGGAGAAGAGAAGUGAAAUGGGUCGUGGGAAGAUCGAAAUCAAGAGGAUAGAGAACCCGACGAACAGGCAAGUAACUUACUCCAAGCGCAGAAAUGGCAUCUUCAAGAAAGCCCAAGAACUUACUGUUCUCUGCGAUGCCAAGGUUUCUCUCAUCAUGAUCUCUAAUACCGGCAAGCUCCAUGAGUUCAUCAGCCCUACUGCCACGACGAAGAAGAUGAUAGAUCAAUACCAAAGUACUUUAGGAGUUGAUCUGUGGAGUACCCACUACCAGAAAAUGCAAGACAACUUGAAGAAGCUGAGAGAAAUCAAUAACAAGCUAAGGAGAGAGAUUAGGCAAAGAAGUGGGGAAGACUUGCAUGAUGCUAGCGUGGAAGAACUGCGCGGUCUUGAGCAAAACAUGGCCUCGGCUUUGGAGGUCAUACGGGAACGAAAGUUUCAUACUAUCAAAACACAGACUGAUACUUAUAAGAAAAAGGUUCGGAACUUGGAGGAACAAAAUGGAAAUCUCUUGCUUAAAUUCGAAACGAGAUAUCACGGUGAUCCACAUUACGGACUAAUUGAGAAUGAAAGGGAUUACGAAUCUGCAAUUGCACUUGCUAAUGGAGCUUCCAACCUUCAUGCAUUUCGUCUUCACCAUAACCACCACCCAAAUGACCUUCACCUCGGAGGAUUUGGUUGCAGUGAUCUUCGUCUUGCUUGAAUGGAUGUUUAUAAUUAAUUAUUAUGGAAGAACAAAUAUAAUAAUUAAGGAUUAAUGGUCGGAUUGUACUUCAAUAUUGUCUAGUAUUACGGCCUAUAAAAAUAGGCAUUUCUCAUAUGUGCUUUUUUGGAUUGCAAUAUAUUGACUGGCAAGAACUCUCGUUGCCUUCUUUUAA